AUGCUUUUCGGGGGCGACGACCGACGGAAGCGGACUAUCAGAGAAGAGCGAAGUCGAGGAACGGACGAGACAGCGAGCGCCUGGAACGGAAGACAGGUGGUUGGUCCCUUUUCUGUAACUCGAUUUUCUCGGGCCUUUUCCUUUCCAUUAUUUUGUAACGACAACGUGACAAUUUUCCGGUUCACUGUGUCGCCUGACGGUAGCGAGUACAGCACCAACAACACUGCACUAGACACACUGACAGCUCCACUGCUUCCCGUCAACAUGUCCGUCAGUGCUCUUUCUAUGUAUCAGAGCUGUCCGCCUGGCCUCACAUCGGUCAAUGGCACAGCUUGCAAUGCGGCCACCUGCAAUUCCACCUUUGUCGCUCCCGACGCUCGAACUCCCAAACCAUCGUCCGACAAGCAAUGUCCUUCCUGCGACGCCGGUUUCGGCGGCAUCAACUGCAACAUCUGCCAGACAGCUGGCUCGUGUCAGGCGCGCAGGUCAUCGCUGGGCAUCAAUACGCCCAAUUCCCUCUUCGGCAGCAAUGAGACGCUCGUCUGUCACAAACAACCCUCGGCGGUUCGCACCACCUACAUCGAUUGCAAUGUCAAGCAAGCCACCGUCAACGGCGUCUAUCCCGGCGAGAUGCGCAUGACGCUCAGCAAGACGUACAAGCCCGACUCGUUCUCCGAGACCGGUCUCGCCAGCUGGUCCGAACAGAGCAACACUGCUCUGUCCCAGGUGUGGCUCGACGGCGUUGAGCAGUUCUACUGCCAAGCAGCCGGCUGCUCUGCCCGCAACUCUUCUGCCACUCUCAGUUCCCAAGGCGAUGCUUCGCUCGGAAGCAGCCUCUGGACGUGCACUGCGCUUCAGUGCUACUGCAUCCCCGGUACCACCAUGUGCGGCAAGGGUCAGCUCGACCUUUCGCCCGUCAUCAACAAGCUCAAUGGCACGCUCACUAUGCCUUGCGAUUACGUUGAUCCCAACAAUGCCACUGCCACUUCGAGCUGCGCCUUCCGAGGCGAGCUGCUCGACAACUUUCUCGGACAGGCAGGUCUGCCACUCGAAAAUUGCCAGUUCGGAUCGUGCAUCACUCAGUCCGAACUCGACACGUUCUAUGCGACGGGGUCGGGCGAGAGCGACAGCCAAAAUUCGGGUUCUGGGCUCAGCAAUGCUGUCAUUGCUGGACUUGUGAUCCUUGGCGUAGCCAUUGCUUCAAUUCUUGCCUUGUUGCUACUUGGUGUUUGGCAGCAGCGUAGAGCCAGGCGACUCCCGAAAGGUUCCGGACAAGGACCUGUUGGGCUUCAAUGGGAGCACCUCGACUACACUGUCCCGAUCCACAACGACCUGUUCAAACGACACCGCAAGAAGGAUGACGAUCAUCUUACGCACGUCGUCUCAUCGUCCCGAACUCCCGACGAGGUGGCUCAUCUCGAGUCGCAUCCUUUGCAUAAUCAGCGUGAGCUCUCGGUUGUGCGGGAUAGCUCUGGCCGCAUCCAACCUGGGUGUAUGGUCGCGGUGCUCGGCCCGUCCGGUGCAGGCAAGACCAGCUUGGUCGAGAUCCUGGCAGGACGGCACAAGAUCGGACGCGUAUCGGGCAGCAUCCGUGCCAUCGAAGCUUCUAUGCGGCUUGAUACCCAAGAGAGCUCCUCGCGACGCGCAGUCGGCUUUGUCGAUCAGGAAGACGCUCUGCCUGCCUUCUCCACAGUCCGCGAAGCGCUUCAGAUGGCGGCCGAUCUCUCUCUGCCCGACAAUGUCUUGCGAGCCGAGAAGCGUGAGAUCGUCGACAAGGUCAUCCACCAACUUGGCCUUGAGCGAGUCGCCAACAAGCGAAUCGGCGAUGCUAGUCGACGUGGCUUGUCCGGCGGCGAGCGGCGCAGGGUCUCGAUCGGAUGUGCUCUCGUGUCGCGCCCGCGUCUGCUGAUUGCGGAUGAGCCGCUUUCGGGACUCGACGCAUUCUCGGCAGCUCGCGUCGUGUCGGCUUUCCGCGAGCUAGCUUCGGGCUCGCAGGUCGGAAGUACGACGGUGAUCGUGACGGUGCAUCAGCCUUCGUCCGAGAUCUUUUACAGCUUCGAUCAGGUGAUGCUUAUGUCGCAGGGAGCUGUCAUCUACCAAGGAUCGCCAGCCGACUCCCUUCCUUGGUGCGAGAGGCAAGGAGAACAGUGUCCUGCCGGUCACAAUGUUGCCGAUCACUUGCUCAAGAUUGCUUCGGCUCCUGAUGCGUCGAGCCGGAGCAGCGUUAUCGGCGAGAAGGGUCUGCAAGAAAAGACGAGCAAUCUCUCCGCGGAAGGCUCUUCUGGCAGAGAAGGUGCACCGACACAGUCGUUGGACCAAGGGACGGCUGUCGCCGCCGGUGCGUCGUGGGAAAAGACAGUCGGCGGCUCGUCGAUGGCCUCGUUCAUGACGCAGUUUACCACGCUCAGUCGACGCAACUUCAUCACUGCUCGACGUGAUCCUGGCGGUGCGCUAGCUCACAUUGUCGGCGCGGUGGUCAUUGGUCUCAUCGUCGGUGGAUGCUUCUACCAAGUCAAGCUCACCAUCGCCGGAUUCCAGAACCGUGUCGGAUCUAUGUAUUUCCUCUUCAUCCUGCUCUCCUUUUCCGCGCUCUCGUCGGCGACAGCGCUGUCCAAGGCGCGUCCGCUCAUGAUGCGCGAACGCGCAAACGGUCUCUACGGUCCGCUAUCGUGGCUGAUCAGCUACGUCGUCUACGACGCUCUGCUGCUUCGAGUCAUCCCCGCCAUCCUACUCGGUACCAUCAUGUACUGGAUGGUAGGGAUGAAGUCGCAGACCAACUACUUUUUCGAGUUCAUCCUCAUCUGCGUCCUGUUCCACCUCUGCAUGGCGCUCUACAACAUGCUGCUCGCCGCGCUGAUCGACGACUUGUCCGUGUCGAUUUUGUUCGCGGGCGUGUUCAUACUCUUCAACAUCGGCUUUGGUGGAUUCCUGCUCAAUUUGAGCAACCUUUCUGGCGUAUUCAGGUGGCUGCAGUGGAUCUGCCCCAUGAAGUACGCGUUGGAAGCGGUGGCCAGUCACGAGUUGAAAGGACUGCAGCUGAUUGACAAUGUCGGUGGGGUUGGGAUCACCGCUUCCGUGUCGGUGUUUUCGGGCAAUCUGUUUGCGUUUGAAGAUGAUGCGUUCUACAGGGAUUUGUUGGUGUUGGCGUUGGGUUUCGUACUGGGAUUCUUUGUGCUGUUGGCGGGGGCGGUGAGUUGGAGGAUGCGAGAAAGACGAUGA